CUACCAAUGAAUCUGCAGCCCACAGACCUACAGCAGAGAGAGAUUCACCACCCGUGGCUGGACUUGAUCCCUUUCCCGCGCUUCCGUGACAAUGUCCUCCAGAAGUUGGCAUGUGCCUCGGAAGACUGGGACUUUGAAACCGAGCUCUGCGAGGAUCUUACCGGAGCCGGACGUUUACAGCUGAGUUGUAGCCGCCCAGGCUUCAUGAUCUGGGGCGAAAACUCGUGGGACACACGCAACUGGGAGGUGACCGAGGAGUUCGCUCACAAAUGGCACGAUGUGCUAGAUGGAUGCUGGGACCUCAUUGCAUCUUCAAAUACCUGGCGCAAGAAACGAGGAGAAGCACAACUCUUCGUCAAAUCUGCUACCUCAUUCAUUCUUUCUUCCACCCCUUCUGAGUCAUAA